UCUCGCGUUUGUUUUGGUCUCAGUUUCUCGUUUAGAUUGCAACUGGUUAGUGUAGCAGCAUAGUAGCCGACUCCUGCUUGAAAGAAGCCAUUGUAGUAUCGAAGCAAGAGCUAAACAUACGAUGAAACCACCGUAAGGAAGCAAAUUUUACGGAUGGAGUACAAGACUGGCGAAGGAUGUGCCUCUCGAGAUUCUAAUUCUGAUUCAGUAGUCCCAAUACCAAACAUUUCACAGAAAUUUAAAUGCAAUCGUUUUCUUGUCAUAUUUGGUCUGUGUGCUCUUAUGUUCGGUGGUCUAGCGCUUAUACUCGUAAUAACUUGGCCUGUUGAUCCCGGCAUAGCUGCAUCCGAAACCGAGCGUCUUUACUUGAGUAGAGAAUUCUCCAGUCCUUUGUUUACCGGUGGCAUUCAGAUCGAGAAGCUGGAUAGCGUUGAUGUAGUUUGGGAUGAUGGGAUGGGAAAUUCGGAUGAUAGUAGAAGAAAGGCGAUAUCUAGGUCUUUAACUGCCAAGUUACAAACUGCAUUUGAAAUUGAAGGCUUCACCAUCACUAAAGUAGAAAUAACGAGCUUUGAACCUGUAACUGUUGAUGUCUAUUCAAUAUUGGGACGCAACGUCACGACCCUAACCUUCCCCGCUUCACUUGCUAUGGGCGGGAACCAAACAGACAAGAUAAAGGCAGUAACCUUGGGGAAAAGAAAAAUUAUUCGCAUUGCUUAUGAGUGUUUUGCAAUUCCGUCCAAAAACGUAAAAGUAGGGUCGCAAGUUGGCGCCGUCGAGGCAGGUUCAAUUCAAUUUAUGCUGGGAAGUUAUUUGGCAAAUCGUGAAGUAAUUGCUUUGGUUGAAACUAUUGAAGUGCUUGACAAUUUCAAGAAAUCUGUGAAGUCUGCAUUGCGAGCGAUACCACGACUUGCUACCGAAGUAAAAGCAAAUAUGAACCAUGCUGCUACACCAGCAACCUUCAUCACUUGCCAUAAAACUGGAGCCCAGAUCGACAACAGCAACUCUAUCUUUCGUUGCCCCGCAAAUUGUCGCUUUACUUCUGCAGAUAAAAUCGUUGGUCAUCACUGGUACCAUAUCGCAUCGUCAGUUUGUUUUGCAGCAAUUCAUGCAGGGGCCAUACAGAAAUCUAAAGGAGGAACAAUUGAAUUUUUAAAGGUGGGCAAUGGUUUUGUAUUCGAAGGAUUACUUGCGAACGAAAUUAACUCCACGACCAAGGUUGAAUAUGCUGAACGAUUUAUAGUGAAGUCACAAGGACCGAGCUGGAUUGCUAAACCGACGUCUGGUCAAAAAGAUGCUGACGCUUCUUCUGAUUCAUACGCUCCAAAAAAAGGAGAUCUUAUUAUGAAAGUAAAGUUCAUAUUGUUGAAAAUGGACGGCACGAAUAUCAGAUUUUCAUUGAUCGGCAUUCAGUCUUCAUAUUUGGCGAAUAAACUACGAGAAGACGUCGUUGUAAAGACAAGAGCAUCUUUUGAGGUUUUGAACUUUCGUUUUACCUCAGCUAGUUUAUCAGCAUUGGAGCCGUUACUACAUGAUACUAAUUCAGUUAGAGUUACGAUAGAUCUAUAUGGGAACUUUAAGGCUAAUGCUUGGCCCAUGUUUUUAUACAAACCUUGGAAAGAUACAGAUAUAAAGAAACUACAUGAUGACGUCAGUGAAGCGUCAUCUAAAUGGCAAAUUUCAUUCGAACACUUGGACAUUAAUUUGAACUCCAAGUUCAUGCAAUUAAUAGAAGUUAUACCAAGCACAACCGGAGCCCCUAUUACUGACUACCCAGGCAAGUGCGGUUGCGGAGAGAUCUACUUCAUCCACAGCAUCGGGCCAGUAGAACACCGUGACAGCAUUCGAAAUUUCUACAACCAUAUUUUCAACAUGUUUAAAUUCGACCAGUUGGAUUUGGGGUUUGGUCUUGCCGUGCUUCGCCCUACACCAACGGGGAAAUCAGAAACUGAAAUUGUAACGAAAAUCGGUCAAGAUUUGAGCGUGGGUGCUUUGCGUAGAUUGGACGAGGUUUUGAAGGAAGGGAAUCAAAUUGAUGAUGAAGACAUUACAAGGGAAGAACUAUGGAGAGUGUUGGACAAACUAGAAAAGGAAUCCAACUUCAUGAGACAAGAUUUAAAAACUCGGAAAAAGUUGCUCAUAAUUUCAUCACGGUUCGUGUUCGGUCCUGCAGCCAGCACCAAUAUAGCGUACUUGGACCGUGUGAAACGUAAAGGAAUACAAGUUGCUUACAUCGGUUAUAACUGGGACGAAGAGUUACUGAAAGCACAUUACUAUCCACAAAUGUUCGCAUCCCAACCGGCUUCCGACUUCGUCAAAUACGUGAGAAGUAUUGAUGACGUAGACUCACUUACGUCAUUCGUAAGUGACAUCAUAAAGAAACAGAUUUGUAACAGCAGUCCACAAACGUGUGCAAACAUUAAGUUUCUCAUUCAACCCCCAGACGACCUGACGUUCGAUUCAGUAUUACCCAGUAACGAUACGACUGGUAGCUACAUGUUGGGAGUUCCGGUUGGAACCGGUUUGAAGCAGUACAAGCCUACAGGCGGCCUACAGUACAACAACGUAGACCUCCCACCUACCUCUGUUUGGAGGAAAACUGUCCCGGGUCCAAAACAAGCUUUCUACAAUAAAUAUCAAUGUGGUGUACAAGCUAACCAGCCUGCGUUUCCGACAGGCAGAAUAGUGGGCGGGUCUGAGGCGGUACCUCACUCUUGGCCAUGGGCAGUUAGUAUUAACUUACUUCGUUCCAAAGUCGACAGCAAAACUAAACUUCUUUCCUAUUAUUAUAACUUUUGGAAAUGCGGAGGCACUAUUAUUCACAACGAUUGGAUCGUAACUGCAGCACAUUGCUUCGCUAAUAAGAACGAACUAGUGCCAACAACUAACUACGUAGUAGCAGUCGGUCGUCAUGACCAAAACGACCUAACCAGUUUACCCGGCGACGUGUAUGAAAUAAAGAGAAUUGUCUAUCAUCCAGAUUAUGACGAUCCAAGUAACAAAUUUGAUGUGGCGUUACUGGAAUUGAAGCGUUCCAUAACAUACCGUCGUGAGGUGGCGCCAGCGUGCUUGCCAAACCCUGAUGUGAUACCAUCCACUGGGGGGCAGUGUUGGCUUGUUGGGUGGGGAUUUACAAGUAACGAAGCUACAUCACCACGUAAUAUUUUGAAGCAAGCUGUUCAAGUAAUAGAAUCACCAAGCACGUGUCAGCAAGUAUACAAACGUUACUAUUAUGACCCGAACACCAAUCUCUGCUCAAAAAGAUCGGAAUCUGAAAACGUUAACAUGCAAUGUCGGGGUGACAGCGGCGGCCCACUUGUAUGCUUUGAGAACGAACGUUGGGUGUUGUACGGCGUUUCCAACUUCGGCCCAAAGUUGUGCGAAAAUGGCGGGGAAAGUGGAUACUUCUUAUUGUCGUCUGUACUGGAUUGGUUAUGCUGCUACAUUCAGCCCAAAAUAGGACCUUGCGCUUAUGUAAAGUGUUCAGUAGGCGUUUCCUAAUACAGUGUAUAUAUAGCUAGCAGUAAUGUUCCACAGUGUGGCUUGCUCUACUUGCGGUGCAAUAACCCUGGUUAUAAUAGUUACAAAAGAAGUGAAGUAUAACUUUGAAAUCGGUAUAUAAAGCUACUUUGAGCAUGGUUUUAUUGUUCUUUCAACCAAAUCUAAGUGUGGUCUCGACCCUCCUCUUAUACGACGUAAACACCAGAAACUGCUAUUCUGUAUGUAGUAUAGGGUAAGAUGGAACGUGUUUCAUUGUGUUUUAUUCCCCCCCCCCCUUGAUAGUAAACAAGGAGUAUUUACAGAGUUCUAAAAACCUUAUUACGAUCUAAAACUCAUAUUACGACCUAAAACACGAAGAAAUGUGGAGCUUUAUAAACUAACUGUGUCUAUUUUAAUCUAUAUAGUAGGGUGGGUGCUUUAAACAGUUUUAGUAUGUAAGUCAUCGCAGCGGUUAAACUAAAAGUGUGCGUUUAUUUUUAAACUAAAGUGACAAAAACAAACUUUGUAAGCCACAGGUGGAAUUUUAUUCACCGCGCGCCGAACAGAACAUCCAUUACGCAUGACAUGAAGUGUAUAAAACUAAUAGUUAUUUUGCCAUGGUUUCGCCACAAAAGAGACCACGACGCCGUUUCAGCAUGUGUAUUGUAAAAAGUAUUUUGCCUAAGGCGAUGCGUUGUAUACGUUCUCCCGAUAGCGCGUAAGAUAAAAUACCUCACCUCGUCGAAACUAAAAAGGUUAAAAAUUUAGGAAUAUUAUUUUUACAAUUCACAUAUAUAUCCUUGUUUACCUAUAUCCUUUGUGUGUUUUUCUCUCCCGUCCCAUUUGGUAUUAAUAAAGAACGUUCAAAUAAUAAGCCGUAUCGAUCAAGACUUUUUAAACGUAGAGCAAUAAUUUCAACUGUUUUAUUAUUUUCUUUACUUUCUUCAUUUGUUUUUCUAAAAACUAUAUUUUUUAUAAACCAGUCCCUGUCCUUACGCAUUUAUUAGUCGGAAAUAGCAAUCGUAUUAUCACAGAUUGUGCUAAGAUUUGAAUCGUAGCAAAGUUCUAGGUCGUGACAUCAUGUAAUUGCAAUUUUGAAACUUCAUGAUACUACAACAUAACACCCCAUAACAGUUAAAUAUUUUAUUCAAAAAACGUUUUGUAAACGAAGUUAUGGGGCUAUUAACUUCUGGAAAAGUUAUUUUAUUGUUCUAUACCAAAAAAAUUUUUAUGUGUACCUUUCAAACAUUUUUGACAGCUUUGAGUACAAAAGUAAGUAUUUA